AUGAAUCUGGGUGCGGCCGAGGAAGAAUCAUCAUCGGCGCAAGAGAUUCAUAUCCCAGCUGAUAUCAAUUGGGAGAUGCUUGACAAAUCGAAGUUCUUCGUUCUAGGCGCGGCUUUGUUCUCAGGUGUCUCCGGAGCUCUUUACCCGGCGGUUCUGAUGAAAACUCGGCAGCAGGUUUGCCAUUCUCAAGGCUCCUGCAUCAGAACAGCUUUCACCCUCGUGAGGCACGAAGGUUUGAGAGGAUUGUACAGAGGAUUCGGCACCUCUCUGACCGGAACAAUCCCUGCUCGCGCGCUUUACAUGACGGCUUUGGAGGUUACAAAGAGUAACGUUGGCUCUGCUGCUGUUACCUUGGGGCUCACAGAUGCUAAAGCUUCUGCGGUUGCGAACGCGGUUGGGGGUUUAACCGCUGCGAUGGCGGCGCAGCUUGUUUGGACUCCUGUUGACGUGGUCAGCCAGAGGCUGAUGGUUCAAGGAAGCAGCGGUCUAGUGAACGCGUCGAGGUGUAAUUAUGCUAAUGGUUUCGAUGCGUUUAGGAAGAUUGUUAAAGCUGAUGGGGCAAAGGGGUUAUACAGAGGGUUUGGGAUAUCGAUUCUGACUUACGCGCCGUCUAACGCGGUUUGGUGGGCGUCUUACUCUGUUGCGCAGAGGAUGGUUUGGGGUGGGAUUGGGUGUUACGUUUGCAAGAAGGACGAUGAGAGUAAUGGGAGCAAUAACGCGAUGAAACCGGACUCGAAGACGGUAAUGGCUGUUCAGGGAGUUAGUGCUGCGAUUGCUGGGAGUGUUUCUGCUUUGAUCACGAUGCCGCUUGACACGAUUAAGACGAGAUUGCAGGUUCUUGAUGGGGAAGAUAGUGGUAAGCGUGGACCGAGUAUUGGACAGACGGUGAGGAAUUUGGUUAGGGAAGGUGGAUGGACGGCUUGUUAUAGAGGAUUGGGGCCGAGAUGCGCUUCGAUGUCGAUGUCUGCGACGACUAUGAUCACUACCUACGAGUUCUUGAAACGGCUUUCUGCUAAGAACCAUGACGGGUUUUAG